CACUAUUUUUUUUGAUACGAUAAAGACGGAGGAAAUUUAAAAAUAAAAAAGUGAUGAAUAAUAAAUUUAAAAAAAAAUGCAUUCUUAAGACUCUAUAAUGUGAAGUGAUAAAAUAAAAAAGAAUAAAUUCCAAAUUUGAAAUGGCUGCAUGGGCGUGGUUGGCGGCAUUGCUAUGCGGCACACACGCUGUAGUGCUGCCCCCGCCGUGGGCGGAUGUUAGGAAGAACCCGUGCGCUGCUCAUCCAAGAGGUUGGCUGAUGCUGUACUGGCCUUCGGAUGGAAAAUGCUACACUAUAUAUAAGAAAGGUUACCCAUGCCCGGAGACUCAAGAGCUCAGCCCAGGGCGAUGGGGCGGCAGGACGGUAGCGGAAUGCAAGUGUCCGCCGGGAACCGCCCAGCUACCUCACUCCACGACUUGUCACAAGCUGUUCGAACGAGGGCCGUGUCGGUCGGGGGAGUACUUCGCGCCAGUGGAGGAGUCCUUUAACAAGCGAGGUGAACGACAAGGAAUGUGUAUGAGACCCCAGCAAUGUGCCGAUGAAACAUUGCUGUUCUGGCCGGCAGAUGGUCGCUGUUACUUCCGCCUGUCCCAGGGCCCUUGUUACCCCGGGUCCAUCCUGGACAUCGGAGAAGACGGCUUGGCUAACUGCACGUGCUCAUCAGAUGGUCCCCACUUCUACCCAGCAGACGGUGGUUGCUACGCCCAUUAUACCAGAGGACCCUGUGAUAGGGGGCAGCUGUUUCUGCCAGGGUCAAAGUGUGGCUGCGAGACCCAUCUGCCACAUUACCAUAAUGGCACUGGCGCUUGCUAUGAGUUAGAUGGUAUCGGCCCAUGUCCCAAAGGCCAUAUCUUCUCUAUCACCGAGGUGACGCCGCACGGCUCUCGUGCUGAAUGCAAGUGCAAGUCCUUCCACGCCCGAGCAGCUGAUGGGAACUGCUAUAGACUGUAUACCAGAGGACCUUGUGCCAGUGACGAGAUGAUAUCUAGGGGAGGAAGGUGCACUAAGUUGCCGUGUUCCCGCGGGCGGCUGUACGUGCCGGAGCGCCGGCGCUGCUUCCGGCCCGGCGCGCCGGAGCCGUGCCCGCGCGGGGAGGUGGUCGCCUUCGACUUCGAAGCCCGGCCCGCGCUGGACGGACUCAGCCACAACGGGGUCUGCGCCUGUGGGAGCGGCGCUUGCACGAGGAAGGAGGUGGACGCGUGUUCGUCCCGCGCGGGGUCGGCGGUGUACGGCGGCGCGUGCCACACGCUGUACACGCAGGGCCCGUGCCCGCACAAUUCGUGGCUGGCGCGCGAGCGGGCCGGCCCGGUCGCGUGCCGCUGCCGGCCCGGCACCGCGCCGCCCGACUGCAGGGAGGGAGUUGAUACCACGUCAUGA